UUUUUUUUUUUUUUUUUUUUUUUUUCACUUAAAGCAGGGCACUGGAGACAUAAGAGUAGGGUAAACUUAAAGUAGACUUUUUUGAUUUUUAUCUUAUUUAAGGGAAUAUUUGAGCAAGUAACUGGUAAUUCUGAAAACAGGAAGGAAUGGAAGAUUCGGAAUUCAAUGAAGGGGUCAUGCUGAGCCAUCGUCGGCAUGUUCCUGAAUCGCGGCCAUUGAGAAGGGACUCUAUGUUAAACCGAGCUGGGAAUGAGGAACCUUUUACUGAAAACAUAGAAUUGCAUACCCUACCAAGUAAGCAAAAGCAAACGCAAAUUGAAGAUGAAGAUGAGAUAACAACAACACAAACUGGACCAUAUUAUCCUGAAGAAGACCCAGAUAAGUAUCCUCCAAAGCGCUCCAUUGCUCUCAUAUUGAUCAACAACCUUAUGUCAGAAAUGUCUGCAACAACAGCCCUGCCGAUUUCAGCCGCCUAUACGCAAUACUUGGGUGGAACGGAUGCAUUUUCCGGUCUUGUCAUUGGUAUUCCAACUCUUGUCUCUUUAGUAUUAAUGUACCCAAUGCUUCGUUUCGCAAAUCCAAAAUCCGCAAACGGGUACACGCUCUAUUUUCGACCCAUGUUUACAUCUUGCUUUGCGCACAUUAUUGGACAUUUGCUAUACAGCUUAGCAUAUCGGGCUCAUUGGAUAUAUUUAAUUUUGAUAGGACGUAUGUUUAAUGGUAUCGGGUUUACGAUGUUUUUAUACCACAAAAAGUACUUGAGCGACAAGGAAUUUGUCGGAAGAAAUAAAUCUACCUUUCUCUCAACCUUGAAUAUCCUUGCUCAAACUUUGGGUUUCAUGUCGGGUGCGUUUAUAGGAGGUACCUUGGCCAAAGCGUCUCGAAACAUUCACAGCCCCUACUGGAAUGAAUACACUGCUGGCUCCUGGUUUAUGUUAAUCGCAUGGGGAGUGUACAUGGUGUUUUUGAAAAGUUUCUUUAUUGAGAUCCUCCCAGAGAAUAACAGAUCUGUAACACACAGAGAAGGAACAAGUGGAGAACAAACGGUUCGUCUGUCGUUAAUUCAAAAAAUUUUUGUUUCAUUCCUGUUUUUGACCGCUUUCGUUUGUUACUUUACCAUCAUGGGAUACCAGACAAGUAUUCCUAUUUACGCGGGUAGGUUAUACAAUUAUAAUGCUUUUCAAACAGGCAAUUUCUUAGCGCUUUCCUCCCUCGUUAUAGCACCUUUUAUUCUGUUGAGUACCUUCUUGUCCAAAUGGCUCGAAGACCGUCAAAUCAUGUUACUUGGUGUUUUGAUCGGAAUUAUAGCCCUUGUCUUGCAUUUGAUUUUGGAUGCCGUGCAUAAAAUUCCUGUUCAGCCAUACUUUCUCCUUUACUCUGUGAUGUCCUUUGGUUUUAGUGUCGGCUCUGCUCCGUUAGUCUCUCUUUCUUCGAAGCAGCUUCAUCCCAAGUUUCAAAUUUUGGUGAGCAUCGUUGUCCAGGUUGGUGUCUCUUUGGCUGAUACAGUAGGCGCUAUCACUGGAGGUGCCAUUUACAAUAUAACCACAAUCGGUUUUAUUGCAAUGAAUUUAGGUCUUGCCGUGCUUGUGUUUAUUGAGUUAUUGUGUCUUUGGAAUUCGAUCAAAGAAAAAACAACUUGAAGAUUCCAAUACUCUGUUCUUUUCUUUUUUCAAUCAAAGGACAAUGGAACUCUUUUUUCUUUCUUCUUUUUUUUGGACCGCUAUGCUUCUAUACCUUAGCCUUUUUCUUAUAAUCCUUUAUUUUUCGAUCUUUUGUUUAUGAAAUAACAUAGCUGUUCGAUAGCUUGCAUCAGUUUCACUAGAACUCUUAAUUCAUUUUCGUACGGAG